AUGCUCGGCGGUCGCAGUCAGGGCGCGAAAUCUGUCCGUGAGAGGUGCUCAAAAUUCCAGAAGACCCCAAUCUUUGCCUUGUGCUGUCUCCCAGGCCGGGGUGCGACGGUGGGCUCAUGCAGGACAAAGCUUCUAUGGGAGACCUUGAAGACGUGUAAAGGCUGCACGAGAUAG